CGUCAUUCUCCCUGCCAUCCAAUUUCAAUUUUAGCACCACCACUCGGGCCCAACCAGCCAGGGUCUUCAAAAUUUCUCCUUCGUCUUCGCAGAACGGAGCGUUACAAAUUCGAGAGACGAUCUCUCCAUCGAUUUUAACAACAGGCGAGGCAGUAUGGUCGGCCACCAAGAUCACCUCGAUGCGGCCGGCCUGCUCGACGAGUGGAUGAAUCGCGUGGCAAACUUGCCUGCAGAAGUCGCUUUCAUGCAGGAAGAGAUCGAACAGAAAGAUAGACAAAUGUCAGAAUGCCUUUCGAUCAUCGCGAAAAACGACACGGCCAUUCAGAAAUGGAUUAAAAUUAAUGGCAGUCAUACCCCAAACCCUAAGGAGGAGCAGUUGAGUAGAGUGGUCCUCGAGAAUUACGAUAAAUGCCAGAUUCUGCAGGAAGAGAAAGUUGCUCUCGCGCAAAAGACCAAGCAACUGAUGGACAAGCAUACUCGAUGGCUUGAUGGUCACAUAAAGACAUUACAAGAUCGAGGAGAGGUUCCAAAUGAUCCGGAUAUACCUUCAGUUCUCCGCCCUCAACCAGAGAGUGCCCUCCCUAGUCGACUAGAUGCUAAUACAGUACCUAUGCCGUUGGGACAGAUUACAAACUCUGCGACGAUACCACAUACUCGGCAGCCCAACCAGUACACACAAAGAAUACCACACCUGCAAGCCCAUGCUACUGGCAUUUCAUCCUCUUCUGCUCCUGCUACACCUGCUGCGUCUAUGCUGAUGUCCCGUCAGGCUAGAGAAACAUCGCUCGGUGCGACCGCAGCGGUCAAGCGUCAAAAAAUGGGUCUCGGUGUCCUUCCACCAAGUGGUCUUGCACGUCAAUCAUCAGCAACCCCAGGUACGCCUCGAGGUCAUACUCCAGCUACUGCAUCUGCAAGAGCUGGUAGUGCAGGACCGAAAUUAUCACAGAAGGGCACAGCUAUCAAGAAAGUGGCACCAUCUGGAAGCAGACAAGCUGGAGUCCAAAAGAAGCCUAAGAAGUCUGGUCUAAGCAGACUCAAACGACCAGGCAAUAAGAACUCCCCAUCUUCUACAAACGAUAGUGAACUUAGUGACGCCGAAUCUGGUUCUGGAGAAGAGGACGAAGCUGCCACUCCGCCCGUGCACAAGGAUGCUGAUGGAGACGAAGAGAUGGGAGAUGACGAGGAAGGAGGAGAUGAUAAGAAGUAUUGCAUAUGCCAGAGCGUUAGCUAUGGCGAUAUGGUUGCUUGCGACAACGAGGAUUGCCCCUUGGAGUGGUUCCAUUGGAGUUGCGUUAAUCUCAAGAGCGAGCCGGUCGGAACCUGGAUAUGUCCAGUUUGCGACGGCACGACAAAACUCCCAAAUAAGAAAUAAAGGUCUCGUGGCGGCUGUUUAUACUGUACAUGGCGUUUAGGCAUUGGGAGCGUGGGGGGCGGUGAGGAUGGAGUUUCUGGUGUUUGAUGGUACGAUAUGACAUCAGGGCCACUAGAAUGCAGCUUCUCCUGAGCUUUAACCUAGCGAAUAGGCAGCAAUUUAUCAG